UAAUUCAUGCUUGCAGACAAAUCUAUGAGUUGGUACAGUUGAAUAGUCAAACUAAGUGCAUGCUAAAAUGAGUCCUCUUACCCAAGAAUCCACUAAGAAUCCCAGUUUGCUCACUUGAAAAUUAUUCUCCCUAUGUCCCUGGUAAAAGUUUUCUGGAAACCUUGAGCUUAUAAAAUAUAUCUGUGGGAAAAUUGCCAGCCAUGGGGCCAGGAACAUGAUGCACCUUAAAACGACUCUGUGUACCAUGUACCCAUCAGGGUGUGCUGAUGUUUAACCCUGGACAGUCUUAAAUUCAUCCUGGCAGGUACCCCCAAAGCAAGGCAGCUCCUAGCAUAGUUAGCUUUAGCGUCUCCUGUUCUGCACAUAUAUCAUGGUGAUGCUACCGAUGUGAUGGGACUCCUGAGAUCAGGUGAACGUUUCCUGCGAAGUCUGCAGGCUCUGUUUAACUUCAAGCUGCGAACCACCAGCUGCAUCACAAAGGGCAUUCAUCUAGAGCAUCGCGAUUGCCUCCCCUUCAGCUUGCUGAUCCCCGUAAAUUUUCAAGGGAAGAGCGCCUAGGAGUGAAGCAUCCAUCACUCGCCGGUCCAAGACAGGGCCUGCGGAGCGCAGCCGUGCCGAGGCCGCCGCUCCCGGGAGAGCAGGGCAGCAGCGCGGGCAGUGCCAGCAGCAUCGUCCGGAGCUGAGCGCCAGGCAGCGAGGGCUGGGAUGAGCGAGCAGCGGGCACCGCAGCAGGGAAGGGGCCGGGGACCAGCCAGACCCGCUCCCAGUGCGUGCCCUCCGGAUACUGCAGCAGCGCCGACCCCCUCGUCUCUCUCGCAGUCCCUCCCUCCGCCCGUCCAUCGGCGCGGCCCGGCCCCGCCUACCGCGAGCGCGAGGCAUGCUAGGAAGGGCCGGCACGGGGCCGGGACAACGCAGGCGCGGGCGGCGGUGGCGGCGGCGUCGCGGUGCGGGCGGCCCAUGGCCGUGGGCGGCGGGCCACGAUGACCGACUACAGCGAGGAGCAGCGCAACGAGCUGGAGGCGCUGGAGUCCAUCUACCCGGACUCGUUCACGGUAUUGUCAGAAAAACCAACUACUUUCACAAUCACUGUGACGUCUGAAGCUGGAGAAAAUGAUGAAACUGUCCAAACAACCCUUAAAUUUACCUAUAGAGAAAAAUACCCUGAUGAAACUCCACUAUAUGAAAUUGUCUCACAGGAGAAUCUUGACGAUAAUGAUAUCAUGGACAUAAUAAAACUGCUAGAGCAGCAGGCAGAAGAAAAUUUAGGAAUGGUAAUGAUCUUCACUCUAGUCUCAGCAGUACAAGAGAAAUUAAAUGAAAUAGUGGAUCAAAUAAAAACACGAAGAGAAGAAGAGAAGAAACAGAAAGAAAGAGAAGCAGAAGAAGAAGAGAAACAACGUUUUCAUGGCACUCCUGUUACCAUUGAGAAUUUCCUUAAUUGGAAAGCCAAAUUUGAUGCAGAGCUUCUAGAAAUAAAAAGGAAAAAGAUGAAAGAAGAAGAACAAGCGGGCAAAAAUAAGCUAAGUGGUAAACAGCUGUUUGAAAUGGAUCACAACCUAGACACCUCUGACAUCCAGUUCUUAGAGGAAGCUGGAAACAAUGUGGAGGUUGAUGAAUCUUUAUUCCAAGAAAUGGAUGAUUUAGAGUUGGACGAUGAAGAGGAUGACCCUGACUACAAUCCUGUUAAUUUAGAUAGUGAUUAGCUUAUUUGAACUGAUUCUGUCAUCAGUAUGGACAUAUGUAAGGAGAGAGGGGCAGGCAGGAAAGCCACAGCAUCUGUGGUUUUAGUAAUGUUUAUUGUUUUUCUUUUCUCUUAUUUUUUUUCCAAAGAAAAAAACCCAACAUAUUUUAAAUCCAGGAGAAUGGUCUUCUGAUGACUUUCACUAUAAAUAAAUUUACUUUAAUAUUUCAAAUGAAAAAUUUGAGAAAUAUUGAUCUGUCUGAAAACGCUUUUCUAUUUUCUCUUAAAUUUUUUUCCUCCCCAUUUCUGUAAUUGUUCUUUGAAGAAAUGUGGCAACUUGCAAGACAGAAAGGUGUUACAGCAAGCACUAAACACACUUGCAUCUGAAUGCUGAGCAGCUGUUGUGCUGUCUUCCACCUGGGAUAAACAUGGGCAGCUCUGGUGAAUAAAAGGGAUCACAUACUAUGCAGUUAUUUAUUUUUUUAUUUCUUCCUCCUGUGGAAUUUUGAAAUAAUUCAAAUCAGUUCUGGUUCAAAUCAGUUCUGGUGCCCCAAUUUAUCAACUGUAGAUAGACAGCACUAGUCACCUUUUAUUGUAUAGCCUUACUAAAGUCUAGUGGAAACAAUUUCCAUGCCAAUUAGAGUGACAUUUUGCCAUAGUCAUGAAUAAUAUUUUCAAAAUGGCAAGUUCAGGUCAGUAGGGGAAAAAAAAUCAGAAUGUGAAGUCCUCGUGAAGUUUGGUUGAUUUGUUGAGUGUCUGAGUUUUUUGGAAUGUGUGCAUCAAUGAACUAUGAAAAAUCAAAAUCCACCUUAUGAAGAUUAGUUUGCGUUUGGCAGCAGACUGUAUCAAAACACUAUGAGUGGAGUGCACAUUACAGCAGCAGGGUUUACUGAGUGCUCUCUAGGUUUGAAUGUAACUGGUGUAGUUUCAGAAGCAUUGUGUUGGCAGCCUGUGAAGGUUAGCAGUAAAGAAUGCAGUAAAGCUACACAUUAACUUGGGGAUGUUGCCCAUCCUUCAGAGUUGUUUCUGGAGCUAACAGCUGUUAGACUCCUCCCUUACCACCUCCAAAAAGCCCAAACACUGCAAAAACUGCAGUGUUUAAACAUGCUGUGUUUGAAACUGCAGUGCUAGAAGGAUGAUGGUGUCAAAAGACAGCUUUCCAAAUAGGGAGGCAUCUCAAUGAUUAAACACUGUGCUGAAUUCUAAACACUGUUAGUAGACUGCCUUAACCGUGCCAGCUUCAUCUUUGAAGAAGGUUGCACUAAAGUAUCACAUUGCUUAGAGGAAAAAUACGUUUAUGAAUUUUAGUAUUUGAAAAUCCCAUAUUCAAGAUGAGAAGUUUAACUAUGGAAUUAAUUUAAUGGUUAUAAGAUUCUCUGCUCAUAUCGCUCAAGAACAUUUGAGAUGACCUCCUUUAACCUGUUCUUUUUCCUUUUUUUUAUUCAAAGUGAAUUAAUUUCUCGUGCAAAGAAAUAAGUGUUCAAGUACCCUGUAAAUACUUUUAUAAAUUAACCACGUGCCUUUGUUCCUACUGUCAUCCCUUUGAUAUUUUUUAUUUUGGCUAUUAAGAAUUCUAGAUAAGCAUCUAGGUCUCAAUGAUGUUUUACGUUUCAAAGCAAUAAGCAGGAUCUGUGCUCCAACAGUUACCAGAUAUAUCAAAAAAAAUUGUGAGCUAAUGUGAUAUUAAAUCUUGUCUUUUCCAAAGAUACAGUUGGAUUGAAAUCUUCAUAGUUACUACAUCCAGCUUCCUGUGUAAUUGCUACAAUGCUUUAAAAUGAUCUUUAGCACUGAACUUAAAUAAUUUCUGGUAUGUCUCAACUCAGCUGCAUAAAACCCCAUUUAAUUCCUAAGGCUGCUUUUCAUUUUCAGCUAUGUAUGUUUAAAACUGGUGGUUUUUUUCAUAAACACUGAAUUGGAUCUCUCUAAAUUUGGACCAGUCCAAGAAUCCUGUGUAGUCUGUGCAAAUGUGGUAAUCAGAAAAUUUUCCAAGUGGAUCAAUGAUAAGUCAUCUACAUAUGAAAGGAAGUUUCUAAUGAAUUAUAUUUCUAGAAUAAUGAAAUUUUCUAGUCCUGUUUUCACAGUAACAUAUUUAUUGGUUUUCAUGCAGAGAAUGUAUAGCUUAAAAAUGUUAAAAUUAUGUAAAACAAGUUAAAAUGUGAAAAUGUUUUUGCUGUUAUAUUUCAAAGCAGAGGAAGUAAUAAGGGUUGAAGUGACAAAAAAUUGUCUCCAGGUCUUUGGAAGAAGCUUUAGUGACUCAAUCUGAACUGCAGAUUUGUUUAGUUUUGUUAGCAAUUAACAUUUGUGAAAUAAAAGGGAAUUUGACUGAGA